CGGAAGACCAGAGUUAGUUCGAGUCGCUUAGUUGGAUCAGUCAGAUCGUUAAUUGUAACCUAUUAGUGAUCUACCAAUAAAAGUGAAUAAAUGUAUUUUUUUAAAAAUCCAUCGAACUCAAUAAAACCAUAAAUAUCAACAUUGUAAACAGCUGAACGAAACUUGGAAACUGUCCAACAGAAAACGCAAUUGUAUCCAUUUCUCUGUUGAGCAAUAAACACAGGAUUCUCAAUGUACCCACCAUAUAACUGCUAGAAAUGCAAACAUAAACAGAACAGAACAUUCAGCUACGGUAUGAUUCUCUGUUUUGGUUUCUUCGCCGGCGCGUCGUUCCUGACUUGGUCGUGGCCGAUUUCCAAACGGAGAGCCAAACAGCCGAACGUCGCCACAUGCGCACAGGGUGCGGAUUUAUGUCAUAUUAAUUUCUGCAUUCUGGCUACAAGACUGUUAGCAGCGGAAUCUACUAAAUCAAGUACCACAAUUUCGUAGUGAGAAAAUAAAAUUUUCCGUGAUCAAUUUAGAAAUUCGCCCUCAUGUUAGCAGGUUUCGAAAUACUCUAGAGAAACGUGUUAUAUUGAUACUUUGAUUUGAGAUAAUCCUGUCUGAGACAUGUACCCGUGGAAUUUUUCAAUAAACUACCGAUGGCUACCAUUAGAAAAUCUAUACCCAAGUUCACUCGAAUAUUGAUUUUACUUAGCCCUGAAAAGUGUCAAGCUCGGGCCGACAUAAAUCAUAAUUAUAAAAAGUGUAUUUAAAAGUUGGGAAGAUUAAACUAAUAAAACCGGAAAUAUUCUCGUAAUAUGAUGGAGGCGACCGAAAACGGCGGAAAUUCAUCAUACGAACCUCUUGAAGGCCGUAGAACCUUUGAUAUGGCUGACAGUCCACAAAUGGAGGGCGGAGGGCCGCCCAAGGAUCGCAAAAAGUUGGUAUUCUUUGCUCUCAUGACGGCUGGUGUUGGCUUCGUGUUACCGUAUAACAGCUUCAUCAUCGCGUCUGACUAUUGGCAAUCGCGAUUCCCAGGGCAGUCAGUAGCGCUGGACAUGUCAAUGACGUACAUCAUCGUGGCACUUUGUACGGUGCUGUUGAAUAAUGUUUUCCUGUCGUUGGCGCCUUUCCGUGUACGGAUCGCUUUCGGUUAUGCGGUAUCAUUUACGACACUUGUUUUCGUGGCACUUUGCGAAGUAGCAUGGCACAUGUUUACCGCCAAAACAGCAUACUCGGUCAAUCUAGCGGCAGUCUCCCUAGUGGCGAUGGGAUGCACAAUCCAACAAUCCAGCUUCUACGGUUUUGCCAGUAUGUUACCGAAACAGUAUACCCAGGCCGUCAUGGCAGGUGAAAGUAUUGCUGGAUUCCUAGUAUCUUCCAAUAGAGUCGUUACUAAGCUUUUGAUCAAGAGUGAUCGGGCAUCGACCGCCAUUUUUUUCCUCACGUCAACUGUCUACAUUGCAUUCAGCUACGUUCUGCAUUCCAUCACUAGCCACUCGCCAUUUGUACGUUACCACAUCAAGGCUUGUGCCAAAAUUGUUCUCCGACCCGACGAUGAUCAUGCGCUGGGUGACACAAUAGACGGAGAUCUGUCGAAUGCUCGGUACGGAGUUUUAGCCCUGGAGUCGAGCCCUCCGGUUCAUAUACCACCGGGCACAAAUGCGCUCAGUUUCAGCAAUCCUGUGUAUGAACUGUCAAACCCAAGCGGAGGUGAAAACGUAUUGGAGACAAAUAUAACCAAUCUGACAUCUACCACCACAACCGUGUCAACAAAUGCGACAAAUCGACCUGUAACUUCGCCGACAUCGGCCACGGCCUCUCACGAUGUACCAAAUGUAGCGUUUAAGGUGGAGCAUGUGAUGACACCGGAUAUCUGUAGCUCGAGUCGACUUGGAAGCUUCCGAAGUGGUCUGGAAUCUCGCUGGAAGGUGGCUCAUGCUAUCUACCCCUAUAUGGCCUGUAUCGCGCUUGCGUACUGCGUUACGCUGUCGUUGUAUCCAGGUAUAGAAUCUGAAAUAAUAUCCUGCAACUUGGGAACAUGGAUGCCUGUCUUGCUGAUGUUCACUUUCAACACAUCGGAUGUUAUCGGCAAGCUGUUGGCAGCUGUUCCUUACAGUUGGUCGAGAAGACAACUAAUUUUAAUGUCGGGACUGCGGGCACUUUUAGUUCCCCUGAUUUUGCUGUGUUGCUCGCCCCGUGAGCAACCUGUUAUUGCAGGAGAAGCUUCGGCGUUCGUAUUUACUGCUGCGCUUGGAGUCACGAAUGGUUUGGCGGGCAGCUUACCGAUGAUGCUGGCACCAGAUAAGGUAUCUGCCACGUUGAAAGAAGUAACCGGAAACAUGAUGACGCUCUCCUACAAUAUAGGGCUGACAGCAGGUUCGCUAGUCGGAUACGUGUUCGAAUCAAUGCUUGGGCCACAGCUACCUAAUCCGUGUCCACAGUAUCCUUUCGUUCCUCCAAAACCCAAUCAACCACCUUUCAACAACAUAAGUUUAAGCAGCACCACUUCAACAACUACAGUGGCUUCGGCAAUUGUAACGACUUUAACUGCUACUUUUCUCCAAACUAGUUCAUCUACAAUCUCACCCGAGUCUUCAACUAGCAUAUCACUCUCCAGUACUUCGACACAGAUUGCGUCAACUGCUGUCACCAAUCAGAUGCCAACGAGUGCAGAUUACGAUGUCACUAGCUCAAUAGACACCAAUAGUUUGGUGACAGUAGCAACUAUGAUGUUCUACAAUACCACACAGGCAUGGCUCGAUUCCACCACUAACGCUGCGCGUUCAAAGUUCUACGAUUAAGUACCACUGACUCGAAGGCGUUAUCAAUGGCUUUUUAUGUUUCAAGAGGGGAAGCAUUGAGCUGAGUGUUGUGUAUUGGAAAUCCAGUUUUGGCAUUUUCAUCUGAUGCAUUGUUCCGGUACUUCAAGUAGCGCGGUUAUGUUUAUUGUCCGGGGUGAACAAACGCUACAUCCACCACGCUGAAUGAUUUCUUAUACCAAAUUUCAUGUUCCUUUUUUCUUAUAAAGUCUACAAUAACCUUAUUCUAGACAUUGUGUAAUAAGGUUAAAUCAAACCGAAACUCUUAAGUCAUUGGAACAAUGGAAUCUAGAGAAAAUGUUUUACUAAAUCAUUGGUCUAGUAUCGAUCAUAUUAUGUACAUAAAUGUAUAGGAUCAUAGGUUUUCAAAAUAAAUGGCUGGUUAUUAAACCUUCUGCAAUGUGUCUACAACACAAUACUUUUCUAACUAACAUCAAUAAAUUGUCGCUCAACUUAUUGAAAAGACAACCAAAUAUGUUGGAUUUAAGUUCUAUACUCGAACAUCGAUUGCGAUGAUAUGAAGAAUUAUUUUCAGUGAUAUUAUUAGUUCCAAACAAGGUAAAGUUCGGCUAACUCAAUAGUAAUAAAUUUGCUAAGAUGAAAGUAUGAUGAUGCGAGAGAAUGUGAGUUGGUGGCUGUUGCAGGUGCUUUUAUAGCGUAGUAAGUGUUAAUUAGUGGAACAAAAAACAAAUCUUAGCAAAACUGCUGAAAACCCAUCUCAAAGAGAAACAUACGUUUUUAGCUAGACCGUGAAAAUUGAAAAAAAGCAUCGAGAAAAAGACGAAUGCAUAUUUAUAUUUAAUGAUAUUCCUCCUACACAUUGGAGCUGUAAUUGGGAUUUGUGUAAAAAUAAUAAAAGCAUUCGAAACCUGCAAAAAAUAAAUAAACUAGAGUAUUUUAAUCUACUGAAAUGUAGAA